AUGGGCGCUUGCAGCCCAGAAAGCCAAACUGUGUCCUGGACUGCAUCCAAAGCAGUCGAAUCAGGAGGAUGAUGGAGGGGAUUCUGCCCCUCUGCUCUGCUCUGGUGAGACUUCACCUGCAGCUCUGUGUCCAGUUCUGGAGUCCUCAGCACAGGAAAGACGUGAUCUGUUGGAGUUGAGUCCAGAGGAGGCCAUGGAGAUGAUGCGAGGGCUGGAGCACCUCCCAUCCGAGGACAGGCUGAGAGUGUUGGGGUUGUUCAGCUUGGAGAAGACUCUGGGAAGAUGUUGCUCUGAAGGGAAGGGAUGCUCAGCUCCUAGCACUCCAGGCGUGGUGAAGAUGUCAACCAUCCCCGAGGCGUUGGGACGCCCGCGGAGCAGCUCCUCCCGCAGCCUGGCUGGAACGCUGGAGUCCACCCUGGGCAUGGGAACAUUCGAGAUGGACAAAGAGGAGAUGCGCAUCCUCAAGGUCUGCUUCUACAGCAACAGCUUCAACAUGGGCAAGAACUUCAAGCUGGUGAAGUGCCCUGUGACGACAGAGAUCCGGGAGGUGAUCAAGUCCAUCCUGGUGAGUGGCCGCAUCGGGCCUGACAUCAAGUUGGCUGAGUGCUAUGGGCUCCGCCUGAAGCAUGUGAAGUCGGAUGAGAUCCAUUGGCUGCACCCAGCCCUAACGGUGGGUGAAGUACAGGAGAAGUACGAGUGCCUGCACCUGGAGGCAGAGUGGAGGUAUGAUCUCCAAAUACGCUAUCUGCCCGAGGAUUUCAUGGAGCGCUUCAAAGAGGACAGGACAACCUUGCUGUACUUCUACCAGCAGCUCCGGAGCGAGUACAUGCAGAAUUAUGCCAGCAAGGUGAGCGAAGGCAUGGCCCUGCAGUUGGGCUGCCUGGAGCUCAGGAGGUUUUAUAAAGACAUGCCUCAAAAUGCGCUGGAUAAGAAGUCCAACUUCGAGUUCUUGGAGAAGGAGGUGGGUCUGGACCUCUUCUUCCCCAGCCAGAUGCAGGAGAACCUGAAGCCCAAGCAGUUUCGGAAGAUGAUCCAGCAAACAUUCCAGCAGUACGCUCUGCUGCGGGAGGAGGAGUGCAUCCUCAAGUUCCUCCACACUCUCUCCUCCUUCGCCAACAUCGACCAGGAGAGCUACCGCUGUGAGCUCAUCCAAGGGUGGAACAUCACGGUGGACCUGGUUAUUGGACCCAAGGGCAUCCGGCAGAUGACAAGCAAGGAAGCCAAGCCCACGUGUUUGGCCGAAUUCAAGCACAUCAAGUCCAUCAAAUGCUCCAGCGUGGAGGAGGGCCGGGCUGUGCUGCAGCUGGGGCUCAGUGGCACCCCCCAGUCCCUGGCCAUCAAGACAGCUUCUCUGGCUGAGGCGGAGAACAUGGCAGACCUCAUUGAUGGCUACUGCCGAUUGCAAGGGGACUUGGAAACCUCCUUCAUCGUCUUCCCCAGGAGAGAGCAGGAGAAGAGGAUCAGCUUGCCACAGAUCCCUGCCCCGCACCUGGAGGAGAGGCAAUCCACACUGUCAGACAGCAUGAGUGUGGAUUCUGAUAUUUAUGCUGAAAUCCCUGAUGAGUCUUCAAGACCCAGGUCUGGAGUCCAGCACUACGGAAUCUCCCGGGAGGAUGUCAUGUUGGGCAGGAUCCUCGGGGAAGGCUUCUUUGGAGAGGUCUACGAGGGGAUCUACACUACCCCCAAAGGGGAGCGGAUCAACGUGGCUGUGAAGACCUGCAAGAAGGACUGCAGCCCAGAGAACAAGGACAAGUUCCUGAGUGAAGCAGUGCUGAUGAAGAAGCUGGACCACCCCCAUAUUGUGAAGCUCAUUGGCAUUGCAGAAGAGGAGCCCACCUGGAUCAUCAUGGAGCUCUAUCCCUACGGAGAGCUGGGGCAAUAUCUGGAGCAGAACAAGCACUGCCUCGCUGUGCCCACGCUCAUCCUCUAUGCGCUGCAGAUCAGCAAAGCCCUGGCCUACCUGGAGGCCAUCAACUGCGUGCACAGAGAUAUUGCUGUUAGAAACAUCCUAGUGGCCAACCCAGAGUGCGUGAAGCUGGGUGACUUUGGGCUCUCCAGGUACAUCGAGGACGAGGAGUACUAUAAAGCAUCUGUCACCCGUCUCCCCAUCAAGUGGAUGUCACCUGAAUCCAUCAACUUCCGACGCUUCACGACAGCCAGCGAUGUGUGGAUGUUUGCUGUGUGCAUGUGGGAGAUCCUGAGCUAUGGCAAGCAGCCCUUCUUCUGGCUGGAGAACAAGGAUGUGAUUGGGGUGCUGGAAAGGGGAGACCGCCUGCCCAAGCCUGACCUCUGCCCGCCCAUCCUCUAUACCCUCAUGACACGCUGCUGGGACUACGACCCCAGCGAAAGGCCCAAGUUCAAGGACUUGGUUUGCAGUUUGAGUGACAUCUACCUGAUGGAGAAGGAGCUGGCCAAAGAGCAGGAGAGGAACAACCGCCACCGGCCUCCCAAAAUCCUGGAGCCGCCAUCCUUCCAGGAGCCACCUCCAAAGCCCAGCAGACCCAAGUACAAGCCACCACCCCAGAACAACCUCCUGGCUCCCAAGCUGCAGUUCCAGGUUCCCGAGGGUCUGUGUGCCAGCUCGCCUACGCUCACCAGCCCCAUCGAGUACCAGUCUCCGGCCAACUCCCUGCACACCCCACCACUCAACCGCCACAACGUCUUGAAGCGCCACAGCAUGAGGGAGGAAGAUUUCCUCCGUCCCAGCAGCAGGGAGGAGGCACAGAAGCUCUGGGAGCUUGAGAGGCUCAAGAUGCGGCAGGUCCUGGACAAGCAGCAGAAGCAGAUGAUGGAGGACUACCAGUGGCUGCGGCAGGAGGAGAAAUCCCUGGACCCAGCAGUGUUUAUGAACAACAACCUCCCUCCGCUGCUCCCAGAGAAAGAGACGGAUUACAAUGGUGUAGCGGAGUUCACAGGUCCCCCACAGAAGCCUCCAAGACUUGGGGCACAGCAAUCCAUCCACCCAGCUCCCACUGCUAACCUGGACCGCACGGAUGACACAGUGUACAGCAAUGUCAUGGACCUGGUGCGAGCUGUGCUGCAGCUGAAGAACGAGAUCAGCCUCCUGCCCCCAGAGGGGUACAUCCUGGUGGUGAAGAACGUGGGCCUGUCCCUGCGGAAGCUGAUUGGCAGCGUUGAUGAGAUCCUGCCCAUCCUGCCUGCUGCCUCGCGCACUGAGAUUGAGGGGACCCAAAAGCUGCUCAACAAGGACUUGGCCAACCUCAUCAACAAGAUGCGGCUGGCACAGCAGAACGCCGUCACCUCGCUGAGCGAAGAGUGCAAGCGACAGAUGCUGACAGCUUCCCACACCCUGGCUGUGGAUGCCAAGAACCUCCUGGAUGCUGUGGACCAAGCCAAGGUCCAGGCCAACUUGGUGAAGCUGUGCUUGGAGUGAAGGCAGGGGCAGAGAGAGGGAAGGAAAAGGGGUGGGACAGGAAAGGAGGAGAGGGACUAUUGCACUUUGGUUGGUGGAGAUGGGAGGAGAGCGUUGCAGAGGAGCUGGCUUUUAUGUGUCUCCCGUGGCCUCGCCAUCCUGCCCUCUCUGUCCCCCCUCUUCCUGCAGCUGCUCAUGUCUUUAGCAUCGUUUUAUCGGUCUUCUGAAGAAGGGAAGUAUCUGAAAGGGUUGGGGGGAACCUGGCCAUCCCCAAAUGUGGCUGAAGAUCCAUCUGGCUUGGUGGGUCCCCACUCCCUGGCUGCCAACAGGUCCAUGUGUCUGUCCCUUGGCCCCUCUGAAGAAGGAUGGCUGCAGGCGGCGUGUCGUGAUGGGGACCAGGACCCUUGCAGCUGGUAGCUGAGCAACAAGGUGGCUGGGAAGCUGGCAUCCCAGGAGGCCACGUGGGGUUCCCCAGGGACCAUCACAGCGGUGGCCAGAGGGACUGUUUGCGUUUCCUUGUACAUUGUAUAGAAGAGUUUAUUUAAUGAUCAGUGGAGCCGGUUCCAACACCCAUGGCUGGAGCGUGCCUGGCCUCAAGCCUGCGGAGAACAGGAGAGAUGGGAACCUAUGAAUUGCAGCCGAACCUGGAGAAUGGUGCCUCUUCCAGCUGAUUUUUCCUCCGAGCUGCUGCGUGUGAGCAACGGCAAACCAAGUUUCUGUUGGGUUUGUGCUUUGAGUUGGAAACUGUACGGUUCGGGCUUUUCCCCAGCAUCUUCC